UUCUUCACCGGUAAAUUUUUUUUCUUCGGCUUUUCACGCAUCGCUGCAUCGAUGACAUAAUUCGGCGCGCACCUGCGUAUUGUUCGAACCGUGUGCUGAUUGUUCACCAUGGAUAGUACAAUAUUAUAAUUUUUUCCUUUUAAUUACUUAUUGUGUCAUCCAUCUGUUUAUUUACUGCAUGCAUGGGUUAUUUUUUAUAUUAGUUUUGUAUAAUAUUGUCAUUUUUAUAUGCACGUUUUAGUUUUAUUUUGUUUAUUAAUUUUCGCCAAUAAUUCAUAUUAAUAUUUUGACGUAAAAACGUCAGCACGUGAAAUGCGUAUUUAUUCGAAUUCUUUAUUAUUUCGCCUUUUGGUGUUUCUUUGGCUGCCGCUGUUGGGAAUUUACGCUUAUUAUCAGCACAACCGAUGUUUUGGCACCGGCGACUGUAUAAUUGCGAUUGGCUACUUGGGAGGCGGUUUCACCGAUGAAUAUCACAGAUGGAUGGCCGAAUGCGGUGAUGGGGAAGCGUUAAUCGGCAUCUACGACACCUACAAACAAUUUAUGGGGAUUUCGCAAAUCUGGUGUUUCUUCAUGUUUCCGAUGAAACCGCCGUCAAAUGGAAUUUAUCCAUUUUAUUCGACGUGCAAUGUGAGAAAUAUGACAAUGCUGGAGUUUUACUGCUAUGAUAAAUAUUAUCCGAUGGACACAGUUGAUACCUUUGUAACCGCUUAUUACGGAGCCACCUCGGCGGAUCCUCUGCAGCCUACACUGCAAAAAUGCUGCAAAACGCCACCGGGAUAUAAAAUUGAUUAUACGCGCUGCGAGUGGAAGUACACACAUGAUAGAGCCGGUGAACAUUACGACGGGUAUUGGAUUGUUAAAUGUGAUACGCAUUACGUCAUGACAGGUACUGGUUUUGCUACGAAUCCCUGGGAUAAUCAGCUGCACGUGGUAUGGAUACAGUGCUGUCCGGUGGUAACGGUGCCGGGCGCCCCGAAUCAGAACCUGUACGCGAACAAACCGCAGCAGAUGCUGGAUUACAAACCCUCCAUGGACCGACUGCGGAGCCUCGGCUAAAUUCCCAUGACUUUUUGCCAUACAUCCCAUAAUGCAAUCUGUGAUUUUUCUUGUUGACUGUUAAGUUGAUUGGCCAGUAUAUUUACAUACUGUGUAUUUAUUAAAAUAAUUACUGCAUUAAUUGUCCGCAUCUAUAGCAUGUAUACGAAAUUAUUAUUGAGAGUAUUCAAUGAUCUUCGAUGGUGUACAUUGUGUAUAGCAAAGGU